GUUUGAUUGACAGUAAUAUGGUGGAUGUUUUAUCCUAGAACAUCAUAUACGUCUAUGCCCAGUUCAAGCAACAAUGAUCGUAUAUCCAGAGAAUACAAUUGUUUUCAUGCCUAUUACCAGAAGAAUCAAAAACACUGUUGUUCAGCAAACUCGAUCAUUUCAUGAGACUGACUGUUUAUUAUACUUGGCUCUCUUAUUUAGCAUCACAUUUACAUGGAUAUGGCGGUGAAUUGGCAAUAUGAAAUGCGUCGAGACAUGCAGGAGAUUAUACCUGGUUUAUGGCUAGGUCCAUAUUCUUGCGCUAGAGAUAAUUCACUGCUGCACCUUAAAGGAAUCACUCAUAUUCUAUGUGUGAGAGAAAGCAAUGAAGAAAUGAUGGUUCGCAUGCGGUUUCCAGAAGAGUUUCAUUACUUGUGCAUCCAAGCUUCCGACUCUCCACUUCAAAACCUCAUUCCAUUGUUUCCAAAGGCCACCUCAUUCAUUCAUACUGCAAUCACAAACGGUGGAUCCGUACUAGUGCAUUGCAAUGGUGGCAUAUCUCGAUCGCCAGCUUUCGUUGUAGCCUAUAUGAUGGACAUGCAUGACAUGCAGUUUGCAACUGCAUUUCAGUUUGUCCAAAGCAAACGUUUCUGUAUGAACCCGAUUGAAGUGUUCAAGUACCAACUCAGA